CGCUUGCUGGGUGCCUCGCAGCAAUCACGGUUUUUGGAGCCUGGGCUCUUCUUGCCCAUAGAUGGUGGUACAAACGAAAGGAAGAGGCUUUUCUGCAAUGGAAUCAGUUCAAGGAUCGCUCUGGCCCUGCGAGCGGAUGUCUUAUGGCGGACAUGCCAGGAAGAAUAAUAAAGGUUCACAAUCUCUGGGUGUAUAAGAUGGAAGGGCGGAACAUGAUGGAGAUUGCAGGGUUACGAGUAUUGGGAGCCCAUCGGUGGCGGGAUUGGUCGCAAGUCUUGAUGGGUAUGGAUCCGAACUCGUGCCGGAAAGAUAUUCUAUCAGAUGUGAACUUGGCACUAAAGGCAGGGACAAUAACUGCGAUCAUGGGGCCCGACGGGUCGGGGAAAUCGACACUUCUUGCAGUGCUCGCAGGGGUAGGUGGGUCACGAAUGGCAGGCCUUUCUGCUUACGGGGAGAUUCAGAUUGAUGGCCUCCAACGAGACAGAGCAUACCGGCGGCUAGUUGCGUAUGUGCCGGAAGAAGACGAUUUGUACGGAGAACUCACUGUAGAGGAGUGCGUUAUGUACUCGGCUAUGCUUCGGCUGCCAGCCUUCAUGCCUGUUGAUCAGAAGAAGCGCCGUGUAGAGCUGAUGCUUGAAGCACUUGGCCUCGACAUGGUCGCAAACUCCCGCGUUGGGAGCUUUCUCGGGACAGGCGGCAUCCGCGCUCAAGAGCGCCGCAGAAUCCGCAUCGCAAUGGAGCUUGUAUCAGAGCCUCGUAUUGUGCUGCUGGACGAACCGUUUGCUGGCAUGGAUGGUGCGAUGUCUGGCCGCCUCAUGCACACCCUUCGACGCAUGGCGACAGAACGAGGAUCGAUCAUUGUGCUGACCGCCCGGCGGCUUUGCCAGGAGAUGUUUGAACAAAUCCCUGAAAUUAUGUUGUUAUCAAGGGAGGGAAGGCCCCUCUAUUUUGGCAAACGACAAGGGUUGGGAAUGUUCCUAGAAGGACUCGGAAGGCCGUGCCCUCCAGAUCGCCAACUCUCGGACUUUAUGAUGGAGACAGCCUGUGAGUCGAGGCAGGUGGGGCGGUUGAGUUGGAUCUCUAUGUCCCGAUCACCGUCUUCAACUAGUCGCAGGCCACCGCCUCCCCCAAUACCUCCCAUGUCUGCUGUGAUUCAGCCAGUCUCUCCUGCAGCAAUGCUUGGUCGCGCUCUCCAUUCCUCCUUGGAUAGAGCUCCUUCACAUCAUAUCACCCCCAUCCUCCCAUCUGCAAAGGCAGCUGUCAACUCCUCUCCCCCGGCCUCCUUCACCACUUCAUCACCCCCCCUUCCUCCGACAAGCAGCUCGGCAAGGCGAGGAUUCGGACAUGUUCCCAGAGACCGGCGUUCUAUAGGCACCUACCAUGGACCUUCGCCGAUGCUUUCGCCACAGCCUCAGAGUGCAACAUGGACAAGCUCUGUUCCGCCCUCCCCCUCAGGGAACUCCGGCCUCCCGUCUUCAGGUGGGAAUUCUCCGAUCGUCUAUCCGGCAAUCGAUUCCGGGUCUGUCAUUGGGCCUACAGGUAUAAUAGAACAGGACGCAUUGGAUUGCAUUGUGGUCGACGAUACCACUGCACCAAGGAGAGCCCCCAAGUACCGAGUCCGGGCAAGCUGCAAUCCGAGCUGCCUCUUUGAGACGCGCACGAUUGGACAGACGUUAAAAGGCCCGGGCUUCGAACAUCUGCUGGUGUACGAAAUCAGCUGGCUAUUCUGGAGAGAAGUGCGGAGGGUGUGGCGACGACCCGGCCUCCUGAUAGCACAUCUUCUUGUGGUAACCGCCAUGGGUCUGCUGGUCGGGACCGUCUUCCAUCAGUCUUCGGACGAGGUCGCCGCAUUUGAGAACCGCAUCAUGGUGUUCAGUUUUUCCAUACUGCUCAUCUCUUUGAUAAGCUUGACUUCGAUUGAAGGAUUUGUGCUAGAGCGGCCACUGUACACUCACGAAGGAAGCAGCAUGUACUUCCACACCCUCUCCUUCUUCCUUCCCAAGGUGUCUUCUUCUACUUUCUUUCUGCAGAUCUUGCCGGUGGUUCUGUAUGGCACGUAAGUUCCAAAACCGCCCUGUUCGCUGCCCCACUACUGUAUGUCUCGGUCUGAUCCCGUUAUGCU